AUGUCCUGGAUCAGCAAACAGCUAAUAACCCCCACCCACUUUGUCUACCUUAUCCGAAACCAGAGCCUGGGACAGCUCGGUCGCAUGGCCUACUACGGAGCCGCGCUCUGCUCUACAUCGGUAGAUGCCAAUGUGCAGCCCAUCACCAAUCUUGGACCAAUCUUUGUCAGAUCCAAUGAGAGCACUUCCACGGGAGGCUUGCCCCGAAGCUUCUGUGGCACACGAUUCGCCUAUCCUAUCCUGAUUGCGCUUAGCUUACGAGCCUUUUCAACCGUUUCCAUGCGCCACGAUUGCCCAUUCUGGCUUUAG